AUGGAAGAAAUACACGAUCCUAUAGUUGAUGAUCCAAAUGUUGGAAAUAUUCCAGCUCCAGCUGUUCCUGUUCAACCAGUCGCAAGAUCUGUUCGAGAAAUUAGUGUGCCAAAAUAUGCAAAAUACUUAAAGGAUAUUGUUGCUAAUAAGAAUCGGUUGACUGAAUAUGCUACAGUUGCACUUAAUCAAGAAUGCACAUCAAAAAUUCAAAAUAAACUGCCCACAAAAUUGAAGGAUCCAGGGAGUUUCACAUUGCAUAUUACCCUUAGUCAGAUUAUUUGUGCACGUGGAUUGUGUGACUUGGGGGCUAGCAUAAAUCUUAUGCCCACGUCAUGGUAUCGGAAGAUGGGUCUUGGAAGCCCCAAACCCAUAGAUAUUGUGUUGCAGUUGGUAGACAUGUCACUUGCUAGACCAGAUGGUAUUAUUGAAGAUGUACUGGUGCAAGUGGGAUCUUUAAUCUUUCCUAUGGAUUUUGUGAUUCUUGACUUUAAGGCUGAUCUAGUUGUUCUAUUUAUUUUGGGACAACCCUUUUUAGCAACAGGGCAGUCACUCAUUGAUGUGGCAGCUGGAAAAAUGACAAUGCAAGAACAUGAUAAAGUUGAGGUUUUUGAUGUGUACAGAGCAUUGAAAUUGCCAUCCAUCUAUGAGGAGUUUUCCUCAAUAUUGAUUAUUGAUCUUACUUUGGAUUGGAAGUUGGUCUUAUCUGAUGAUCCAUUAAAGCGAGUUUUGAUGGAUUAUGAUUUUCAUGGGGAUUCAAAAGCAUUGGAAUUGGUUUAG